ACUCUUCCAAACUGAACAUCAAAAUCACCAACGGUCGUCCCUCUCCCCAAUUCUUCCCAUUCCAUUCGAUUCGAUUCUAUUCUUAUCGGAACUGCUCUCGAACACCUCCUCUCCAGUCCUCAAUCUCCAUCCCUCAACAACAAAUGAAAGAAGAAAUCUCAAGGUUCAACAGACAGCUCUGAGAGAGUGAGAGGAUGGGGAGUGGAUCGUCGAGAAACGCAGGGAGCAGCGGCCAUGGAGGCGAAGAGAGAGAUGAACUGCACGGCGGCGGGCAGCAGCUGUACGUCUCUCUCAAAAUGGAGAACAAUUGCAACCUCAAAGCCGACCUCAUCCCUCACGUCUACGGCUCUGUCCCUCUCGUCGGCUCUUGGGACUCUUCGAAAGCUCUUUCGAUGGAACGGGAAUCAGCUUCAAUGUGGGAACUGAGCUUCGUCGUGCCGCCUAAUCACGAAACAUUGGAUUUCAAAUUCCUUUUGAAGCCAAAGGAUAAUAAUGCACCAUGCAUAGUUGAGGAGGGUCCUGACCGUCUACUUACUGGCGGGACCUUGCAAGGGCAUGCAAUGCCUGCAUUGUUUAGGCUGAAUAGUGGUGAGGUUCUCGAGUAUCAGGUGUUCAUUAAAGCAGACAAGGUUUCUCCAGUUGACCUUGCAGCUAGUUGGAGAGCAUAUCAGGAGAAUCUCCAGCCUUCCACUGUUCGUGGAAUUCCUGAUGUUAGUUUGAAUCCAGUGCCAGAGUUGGGGUCUGAGAAUGGCUCAUCAGUGAGUUUGGAGCUUGAUCUUGAACAUUAUGUUGUUCCACCUCCAGCAACACUGUCAACUUCAGGUCUGGUUUAUGCAGCCAACACAGCAGAAACUCCAAGGUCACUGACUCGUGUUGGAGUGCUUUCCAAUUCUGAAGGCUCUGCCAUUGCUUUGCAGAUCUACAAGGAUGGUAGUCUUUCCAUUGAUCAACCUGCAACCAUUAAGGAGAUGGAGAUCAUUGUACCAGAUCUGUCUAAUGUGUAUUCAGGUUCUGGCACAGUUGAAUCAAAGUCAGUAGGAACAUUGUCACCUUUGCCAAGGCAAGAUGGUCAGAGGGGACUCUUUGUGGAUAGGGGUGUUGGAUCUCCUAGGCUAGUUAAAUCAUCUAGUGCAUCUGCUUUCACCACUGAUCCCAAAGUAGAUUCAGAAACCAAGAAUGUGAUGCCAGCAGCUGCUGGAGCUGUUGCAGCUGCAGCUGUAGCUGACCAAAUGCUUGGACCAAAGGAGGACAGACACUUGGCCAUUGUCCUGGUUGGUUUGCCAGCUCGAGGAAAGACUUUCACUGCUGCCAAACUUACAAGAUAUCUUCGUUGGUUGGGUCAUGACACCAAGCAUUUCAAUAUUGGGAAGUAUCGACGCCUGAAGCAUGGAGUAAACCAGUCUGCUGAUUUUUUCCGAGCUGACAAUCCAGAAGGCAUGGAGGCACGGGAUGAGGUAGCAGCCCUUGCUAUGGAUGAUAUGAUAGCUUGGAUGCAAGAAGGUGGUCAGGUGGGAAUAUUUGAUGCCACAAACAGUAUCAAGAAAAGAAGGAAUAUGCUCAUGAAAAUGGCAGAAGGAAAAUGCAAGAUUAUAUUUUUGGAGACAAUAUGCAAUGACAAGCUUAUUAUUGAAAGAAAUAUACGGCUUAAGAUUCAACAAAGCCCUGACUAUGCAGAAGAGCCAGAUUUUGAGGCUGGAUACCAAGACUUCAAAAAGCGAUUAGAAAAUUAUGAAAAAGUUUAUGAGCCAGUAGAAGAAGGAUCCUACAUCAAGAUGAUUGAUACAGUCAGUGGCCCUGGUGGGCAAAUACAAGUAAAUAAUAUCAGUGGUUAUCUUCCUGGAAGGAUUGUCUUCUUCUUGGUGAAUAUGCAUCUCACACCACGUCCAAUUUUACUCACUAGGCAUGGUGAAAGUCGAGAUAAUGUUAGAGGCAGAAUUGGAGGCGACUCUAGUUUGAGUGAUACCGGAGAGAUUUAUGCAAAGAAGCUUGCUAACUUUGUGGAAAAGCGAUUGAAAACUGAACGAGCUGCUUCUAUAUGGACUAGCACGUUGCAGAGAACAAUUCUGACAGCCAGUCCAAUUGUUGGGUUCCCAAAGAUACAAUGGCGUGCACUUGAUGAGAUAAACGCUGGAGUAUGUGAUGGAAUGACAAAUGAAGAAAUAAAGAAGAACAUGCCUGAGGAAUACGAGUAAAUACGUGAGGCAAAGUAUAUACUACUCCUAGUUGGAAUGCGAUAAGAGUUUGUGAUAUAUCCAACAACAACAAUCACAAGCUUUAAUCCAAAAAUAAGAGGCAUUUUUAUUGUUAGGCCAAUUCCCUUUUGGAAUUAUUAGUGACAAAAUAAUUCUGAUUUCUUUUUUUUGUGAAUUCACUUUAAAAUUUAGCAUUGACUUGCAAUAUCAACAAUACAAGCAAUCACAAAGUUGAGUUUAUCUGCCCUCUGAAAAUGAUGCCAAGGCAUUCAAGACAAUGUUAAUGAUUGUAGGACUGUCUCUUCGUUGACUACUUAUUUAGGCCACCAUUUUUUGUGACAUAUUUAUAAAAAUACUGAAUAUAAUUAUUUAUGUUAUUUUUCAAAUUAAACAUUCUGAAUUGCAUACUUAUUGAUUUACUCCGCAUCAUACUAUAUAUAUUUGCUCAUUCACUCACAGGAUAAUGUUAGAUAAUGGCCAGACGCUUCCUUUUUGUGAAAAUACUUGAACUAAGAUCCUAUAUCCUUCAUUAUGCUUUCACUUGGCUUGUUCCUCGGCCUAAUUUUGUGACAUU